AUGGUCAAAGUCGAAAUUGUUGACGAAAAAGAGUCAAAUUCUCCCUAUGCCUCUGGCUCCUCCGCUGCCAGCUCCUCCUCAGAAUCUCUUUCUUCUGUAGAUUCUGAACUUGCCAGCAACGAGACCGUGUUCGACCGCUUAGCUGCUUUGGUCGACAUUGUACCGCCUACCACACGUCACAAAAUCUCCUCACGUAUUGCUUCAACGGGGAGCUUUCUAAAAACUACAGGAAAAGUUGUUGGAAACAUUGUCUGGAUUGUGACAACCUCUGCACUGCUUGUCGGGUUGCCAUUAGCAGUCAGUUUGGAGGAUGAAGCAAAAGUCGUAGCCCAGGAGAAGGAGGCCCAGGAGCAGCAAGCUGGUCAACAGAUGUUGUCUUCUGGCUUGUACCCGACGCCGACGUCAUCCUCACCCAAGCCUCUCGUACCCCCGGGUUUCUGA